AAUCUCCUCUGGCCAGUAAGCUCUAUGCAGUUGACUCUCUCCUCGCCAUUUUCGGACAAUGGUUAGCAUCUUCACAGGAAGAUUCUUAUAUUGGUUAAAUUAUUCGUUGACCAAAAUGUGCUUAUUUAUUCACUCCCUUCCCUAAUCCCCAUAAAUAAAUAUCAUCCAUCUUCUGCUUACUGUAAGCAUCUCAUCACACUAAUCACAGUGUUUGAGCAAUUUGGUGGGAUGAUAGGAUUCAGAUUGAUGUUAUGUGCAAUUGUGGUAAUUCUUGGUGUUAUUAUUCAAGAAGCAAAUUCACAUGGAGUUCAACCCCUUUCAAGAAUUGCUAUUCAUAAGACACAAUUUUCUCUUAAUAGCAAGGCUUAUAUUAAAGCCUCUCAUUCAGUUCUUGGACUAGCAGGAGAAAAUUCAGAGUGGAUUAAAUUGGAGUAUGCUUCUCCAAAUCCAUCUAGUGCUGAUUGGAUUGGAGUAUUUUCUCCUGCCAAUUUCAGUGCUUCCACUUGCACCCCAGAAAGCUCAAGUACAAGAGCUGCACCUCCGUUUUUAUGUUCGGCGCCUAUCAAGUUUCAGUAUGCAAACUACAGUAGCAAAGGGUACCGAUACACGGGAAAAGGGUCGCUAAGGCUUCAGUUAAUUAAUCAGAGAUCUGACUUCUCUUUCGCUUUGUUUUCUGGAGAUUUUGCAAAUCCAAAGGUAGUGGCUCUGUCAGAUAGAAUUACUUUUGCAGAUCCCAAUGCACCUGUUUACCCUCGAUUAGCACAAGGAAAGACAUGGAAUGAAAUGACUGUAACAUGGACAAGUGGCUAUGAUAUCAAUGUAGCAGAACCUUUUGUUGAAUGGGGUCCAAAAGGAGGCAAUCGUGUGCGUUCGCCAGCGGGAACGCUGACAUUUACCCGUAACAGCAUGUGCGGUGCACCAGCAAGGACAGUGGGGUGGCGUGAUCCUGGAUUUAUACACACUAGCUUUUUAAAGGAGUUAUGGCCCAAUGUUCGGUAUACAUACAAGCUUGGACAUAAGUUGCUCAAUGGUACAUAUAUCUGGAGUCAAGAGUACCAGUUUAGAGCAUCUCCAUAUCCUGGUCAAAAUUCUCUGCAACGUGUAGUCAUUUUUGGCGACAUGGGAAAGGACGAAGUUGAUGGGUCCAACGUAUAUAACAAUUUUCAGCAUGGUGCCCUUAACACUACCAAUCAACUUAUUCAAGACUUGAAAGACAUCGAUAUAGUCUUCCACAUUGGAGACAUAUGCUAUGCAACUGGAUACAUUUCACAGUGGGACCAAUUUACUGCACAGGUUGAGCCUAUAGCAUCAACUGUUCCUUACAUGAUUGCAAGUGGUAACCAUGAGCGCGAUUGGCCCGGAUCGGGAUCCUUCUAUGGUGGCUCGGAUUCUGGAGGUGAAUGUGGUGUUGUGGCUCAGACAAUGUACUAUGUCCCUGCUGAGAACAGGGAAAAAUUCUGGUACUCUACUGAUUAUGGAAUGUUCCGAUUCUGCAUAGCCGACACAGAACACGAUUGGAGGGAAGGAACAGAACAAUAUAAGUUUAUUGAGAAUUGCUUUGCUACUGUAGAUAGACAAAAGCAGCCGUGGUUGAUAUUCCUCGCUCAUCGGGUACUAGGUUAUUCCUCUGCCACCUUUUACGCAGAUGAAGGGUCAUUUGAGGAACCGAUGGGAAGGGAGAGCCUUCAAAAACUGUGGCAGAAAUAUAAAGUUGAUAUAGCCAUAUAUGGCCAUGUUCAUAAUUAUGAGAGAACGUGCCCCAUUUACCAGAAUGUUUGCACCAAUAAAGAGAAACACAACUACAAGGGCCCUUUGAACGGAACAAUACACGUAGUAGCAGGUGGCGGAGGGGCAAGCCUUGCAGACUUUACCCCUAUUAAUACCACAUGGAGUUACUACAAAGACCAUGACUAUGGAUUCGUAAAACUAACAGCCUUUGACCAUUCGAAUCUGCUGUUCGAGUACAAGAAGAGCAGCGAUGGAAAGGUUUACGAUUCGUUCAAUAUAUCUCGGGAUUAUAGAGACAUCUUGGCAUGCACGGUUGAUAGUUGUCCAAGUACAACAAUGGCUUCUUGACCUGCAAUUUGUUGCUGAUGGAGAGAAAAGUAUUUUCUUCUUGAGGGGCUUCUAAUGAAUUAGAAGUUGCAUUGUCAUGUACUGAUCAGUUAAUUGUGAAUAAAUAAUUUAUUUUCUCA